ACCCUCUGUCUGGCUUCUUUCUUUCCCCCUCGCUGAUGCUUUCACGGGACUAGUAGGAGUCCUCUCUCACUCGUUGGAUAAAAAGGCAGCUGGGGACUGUUUUGAGCUUCUCUGCUUGAAAGUUUGUAGAAACUGCUUCAGGUGGUGGGAAUUUCUCUUGGACAAGUGACCUAAACCUGUCAAAAUGCCGGUUUUCCACACGAAGACGAUAGAAAGUAUCCUGGAGCCGGUGGCUCAGCAGAUAUCCCAUCUGGUGAUAAUGCACGAAGAAGGUGAAGUUGACGGGAAAGCUAUUCCAGAUCUCUCGGCGCCGGUGGCUGCCGUUCAAGCGGCUGUUAGCAACCUUGUUCGGGUUGGAAAGGAGACGGUACAAACCACAGAGGACCAGAUCAUGAAAAGGGACAUGCCACCAGCUUUCAUCAAAGUGGAGAAUGCAUGCACAAAGCUGGUUCAGGCUGCCUCCAUGUUGAAAGCUGAUCCAUACUCCGUUCCUGCUCGAGAUUACCUCAUUGACGGCUCUCGGGGCAUCCUGUCUGGGACUUCUGACCUGCUACUGACCUUUGAUGAGGCAGAGGUCCGCAAAAUAAUCCGAGUGUGCAAAGGUAUUCUGGAGUAUUUGACUGUGGCAGAGGUGGUAGAAACUAUGGAGGACUUGAUCACUUACACAAAGAACCUGGGACCAGGAAUGACAAAGAUGGCAAAGAUGAUAGAUGAGCGACAGCAGGAGCUCACACAUCAGGAGCAUCGUGUGAUGCUGGUCAACUCCAUGAACACUGUCAAAGAGCUGCUGCCUAUCCUCAUCUCAGGUAUAAAGAUUUUUGUAACCACCAAGACAUCUGGGAGCCAGGGGGUGGAAGAGGCCUUAAAGAACCGAAACUUUACCUUCGAGAAGAUGAGCGCUGAGAUCAACGAGAUCAUCAGAGUGUUGCAGCUCACAUCCUGGGAUGAAGACGCGUGGGCCAAUAAGAAGGACACUGAGGCCAUGAAGAGGGCUUUGGGGCUGAUUGACUCAAAGAUGGCUCAGGCCAAAAACUGGCUUAGGGAUCCAAACGCUUCACCUGGUGAUGCUGGCGAGCAGGCUGUCCGACAGAUCCUGGAUGAAGCUGGUAAAGUUGGUGAACUGUGUGCUGGGAAGGAGCGUAGAGAUAUUCUGGGUACAGCCAAGACUCUGGGACAGAUGACCGACCAAGUGUCUGAGAUGAGAGCCAGAGGUCAGGGAGCGUCCCCAGCAGCCAUGCAGAAGGCACAGCAGGUUUCCCAGGGGCUCGACGUGCUCACCAGCAAGGUGGAAAAUGCUGCUCGUAAACUGGAGGCCAUGACUAACUCCAAGCAGGCCAUCGCCAAAAGGAUUGAUGCUGCACAAAGCUGGCUCGCAGACCCUAACGGCGGACCAGAAGGAGAGGAGAACAUCAGGGCUCUCCUCUUAGAGGCCAGAAAGAUUGCAGACUUGUGUGAAGACCCCAAAGAAAGAGAUGAGAUUCUGCGCUCAGUCGGAGAGCUGGCUGCCAUGACUGCCAAGCUCUCGGAUCUCAGAAGACAGGGUAAAGGUGACACGCCUGAGGCUAGAGCUUUAGCCAAACAGAUCGCAACGGCCCUCCAGAACCUGCAAUCCAAGACCAACAAGGCCGUGGCCAACAGCAGGCCAGCAAAAGCAGCUGUGCACUUGGAGGGGAAGACCGAGCAGGCUCAGCGUUGGAUCGACAACCCCACUGUGGAUGACAGUGGUGUGGGUCAAGCAGCCAUCCGUGGCUUGGUGGCAGAGGGCCGCAGGCUGGCCAGCGCUAUGCCCGGCCCGUACAGGGCGGAGCUGCAGGGUAAGUGCGAGCAGGUGGAGCAGCUCAUGGCCCAGCUGGCUGACCUGGCAGCACGAGGUGAAGGGGACUCCCCUCAGGCACGGGCUGUGGCCCAGCAGCUCCGAGAGGCCUUGAAAGACCUGAAAGGAAAGAUGCAGGAAGCGAUGACCCAGGAGGUUUCUGAUAUCUUCAGUGACACAACAACCCCCAUCAAAUUACUGGCGGUGGCUGCCACUGCCCCUCUGGAUGCCCCCAACAGAGAUGAGGUCUUUGAUGAAAGAGCUGCCAACUUUGAGAAUCAUGCCAACAGGCUGGGUGCCACAGCAGAGAAGGCUGCCGCUGUCGGCACAGCGAACAAGAGCACCGUGGAGGGAAUCCAGGCUGCCGUCAAGUCAACAAGAGACUUGACGCCACAAGUGGUUUCUGCCGCUCGAAUUCUGCUGAGAAAUCCUGGCAACCAAGCAGCUUAUGAACAUUUUGAGACUAUGAAGAAUCAGUGGAUUGAUAACGUGGAGAAAAUGACUGGUUUGGUGGAUGAGGCCAUCGAUACUAAAUCCCUGCUGGAUGCCUCAGAAGACGCCAUAAAGAAGGACUUGGAUAAGUGCCGUGUGGCCAUGGCCAAUCACCAGCCUCAGAUGCUGGUGGCUGGGGCCACCAGCAUCGCCCGCAGAGCCAACCGGAUCCUCCUGGUGGCAAAACGAGAAGUGGAAAAUUCUGAAGAUCCCAAAUUCAGGGAGGUGGUGAAGGCUGCAUCCGAUGAACUGAGCAAGACCAUUUCUCCCAUGGUGAUGAAUGCAAAGGCUGUGGCUGGAAACAUUCAGGAUCCACAUCUUCAAAAGGGCUUUCUGGACUCGGGCUAUAGGAUUCUUGGUGCUGUAGCAAAGGUCAGGGAAGCCUUCCAGCCCCAAGAGCCAGACUUCCCUCCACCUCCUCCUGAUAUCGGACAGCUUAAUAUUGAUGACUACCCAGCACCUCCUAAGCCCCCUCUUCCAGAGGGUGAGGUUCCUCCCCCCAGGCCCCCUCCUCCUGAGGAGAAAGAUGAGGAGUUCCCUGAACACAAGGCUGGCGAUAUCGUCAAUGAGCCCAUGAUGGUGGCUGCCAGGCAGCUUCACGAUGAAGCCCGAAAAUGGUCCAGCAAAGGAAAUGACAUCAUCGGUGCUGCCAAACGAAUGGCCCUGCUCAUGGCAGAGAUGUCCCGUUUGGUGCGUGGAGGAAGUGGAAACAAGCGUGCCCUAAUCCAGUGUGCCAAGGACAUAGCUAAGGCCUCUGAUGAGGUCACACGGCUGGCUAAGGAGGUGGCUAAGCAGUGUACUGACAAACGUAUCCGGACCAACCUGCUCCAGGUGUGUGAGCGUAUUCCCACCAUCAGCACACAGCUUAAAAUCCUGUCCACAGUCAAGGCCACCAUGUUGGGUCGUACCAAUAUCAGUGACGAGGAGUCCGAACAGGCCACUGAGAUGUUGGUCCACAACGCUCAGAACUUGAUGCAGUCGGUAAAGGAGACGGUCAGAGAGGCUGAGGCAGCUUCUAUUAAGAUCAGAACAGAUGCAGGUUUCACCCUCCACUGGGUCAGAAAGACCCCCUGGUACCAGUAGGAGAUGGGCUCUGUGCUGCAUCUGUCCAGCUGUUCAUUAGGACAUUAAGGGGACAGACUUCAUCAAAGCUAUGAUACCUGGGCAUGUCCUGUCCAAUGACUGCUGUUCUGAUCUAAAGUAAUGAUGGGACUGUUAGUUCUAUGGUCAGUGCGUUUUGGCAAGUGUGUACAAAUAUAUUUGAAGGCUUAUCUUGAUAAAUCCCAGGGUGAUGCAUAUAUAUAGAUCAAAAGUUGUUUCCAUGCAUUAUAAAGGUGGCUGUUUCUGGCCUGUUCUAGACCCGACUACAUUAAUUUAAAUUUGAUUGACAGCCUGUUGUUGAGAUGUUUUUAUAUCUUUGUACUGAUUAUUUUAUGAUCACUAUCAGUUUUGCUAGGAUAAGCACGUGAUCUUUAGGAGCUGUUACAAGUACAGCUGAAGCACAGAUUCAGUGGUGUUGCAUUUGUUUACAAUAUCCUGCAUCAUAAUGAGUGAAAGAGAAACACUGUAAAGGAGUUGUAGCAGUCCUUAGUACUGCUAGACAUAUACAGCAUAUUGCAUAAUGCAUAUUUUAGAAGGGUUUUUAAGGAGCUAAAUAACUCUGUUCAUUCAAGGUGAGUGUUACUGCUGUGUUGAGACAGUGCACAAUAACAGCAUUGUCCUUCACUUUUAAGCUUAAAAGCAAUUUUCUUUACUCCUUUUUCCCUCAACAAGCCAACAGAACACCAAUAAUGUCAGAUGUUCUUAUGUAAACACAACACAUAAUGUGUAUUUUAGUGCACAUUUCAUGUUUUACUUAUUAAUAGCACUCUUCAAGAUAAUCGAGGGAAAGAGCAGAACUUUGAUAUGAAUGUUGGUAUGUCUCAACACUAAACACAACCGGCCUUUUUUGUGACAAUUGAAGAUUCUUUAUUUUUAAUGUGUGUGUAAGUAUCAUUUUAAUACCUAAUGCCAAUUUAUGUGCCUUGCCAUAAAGUUUAUUUCUAAUGAAACAAAUUCUACAAUGUUAAUAUCAUUCAUACGAAUUGCCCUAGUGGUAAUUUGUUCAAACUAUUUUUGUUGAAGGUUUAUUUUGAAAGCUGGGCCUGGUUUAGGACUUCUAAAUAAUCACAUUAUUCUCUAUGCAAACCAUGUGUUUAUUUUUUUUUGUAAGGAUAUGCAGCUUUGUUGGGUUUAAACGUGUUGGAACAUAAUUCUGCUUAAGCAUUGUUCACAGUUUUUGUAAUAAAGCAUUUUUAACACUUG